AUGGCUUCUGAGGAAACCUUAGUCAUCCUAGGCCUUUUGGUCAUGGCUUCUCUCAUACCCUCUCACGUCGCUGCUAGGGACCUUGCUGAUACUCACUCAAUGUCUUCUAUAACCGGUGCGAAAAAGGACAUGAGUGAUACCAAACAUGGAGAAAACCCAAGCAGUACCAGCGUUGUUGGGGUCUGUUCAACAUCAAAUUGCUUCGAUGGGGGUCUUCCUGGCUAUGGCAGCCCUUCAUGGAAGUGGGGUACGCCUGGUGGUGCUGGUUAUGGUGACGGACCUGGGGAUGGUGCACAUGGAAAGGACGGGCAUGGUGGUGAUUACGGUGUCGGAGCUGGAGGUGGUGGACCAGGUGAUUAUGGGGGCGGGCAUGGAGGUUAUCAACCUGGCGAUGGUGGACCAGGUGAUUACGGAGGCAGGCAUGGAGGUUAUCAGCCUGGCGGUGGUGGACCAGGUGAUUAUGAAGGUGGGCAUGGAGGUGGUGGACCAGGUGAGUAUGGAGACGGGCAUGGAGGUUAUAAGCCUGGCGGUGGUGGACCAGGUGAUUAUGAAGGCGGGCGCGGAGGUGGUGGACCAGGUGACUAUGGAGGUGAUAAGCCUGGUAGGGGCGGACAUGGAGGUGGUGGACCAGGUGAUUACGGAGGCGGUGGACCAGGUGACUAUGGAGGUGAUAAGCCUGGUAGGGGCGGACAUGGAGGUGGUGGACCAGGUGACUAUGGAGGCGGAGGUGGAGGUGGCUAUCCAGGCGGUUACGGUGGUGAGCCUGGCGGAGGUUACGGUGUUGGCGUUAAGAGCUAUCCUAAAGACCAUAAUUAG